AUGGAGGUGAAGAGUCCGUCGUCCGUACGAUCGGCGGUAAAGUUCUCGGAGCAUGUGGUGAGAACCAAUAAGUUCGUUCAGGAAGAGUCGCUGGCGAUGAAGCAGAAAGUGGUUAGGAUCAGGCUGGUGGAUCCCUACGCCACCGAUUCGUCUGAUGAUGAUGACGAAGGAGUGAUGAAGAGAGUGAAGAAACAUGUGUUUGAAAUCAACGUUAACCCGCCAUCUUCGAAAUUCAAGCGAGAUCGAAGCAGAAACAGGAGACACGUCAGGAGGAGUACCGGAUCGGUGGAGAAGAAGUACAGAGGUGUGCGGAGGCGGCCGUGGGGUCGUUGGGCGGCGGAGAUCCGUGACCCGGGUAGAAGGAAGCGAGUUUGGUUGGGGACGUUUGAUACCCCUGAGGAAGCGGCGACGGUGUACGACAAGGCAGCUGUUACAUUGAAAGGUCAUAACGCCGUUACGAACUUCCCUACCGUUUCGGUAACGGAAACCGUGAUCGUCGAAGGUAAAAAACCCACAGUCACCACAACCUCCGUUGGUGAUGACGAUGGACAGGUCCACGACGGUGUCUUGUCGCCGACGUCUGUCCUCCCUUUUGACGACGAGUUACCGCCGUUUGCUGGCUUGCGAUACAGUGACGUGGACGUUUUUGGAUUCGACAUAGAUCUGCCGAUCAAUUUGCCGGAUUUUACAGUUCCGGCGAAGUACCACACCGAGGAGUUUGGCGAUUUUGACAUCGAUGAUUUCCUCGUUGACGUUCGUUGA